AUGGGCAAAAACCAAAACCAAAAGAAGAGCAUUACCAAACAAGAUGACGGGUUGAUACGAACACAAAUACCAAAAACCAUCAACAACAAAGAGCAUUUUCAAAGAUUGAACUAUCUUUACCAUCUAACCAUGUUUUCUAAAGAUGAAAAUUUAUCAAGAUCAUACGUCAACCUAAUGGACACCAUUAGUAAAAAAACUAACACUAAAAUGUUACCGUCAUUGAAGAGAACGUAUUGUAAGAAAUGCAAACGUGUAAUCAUAUUUGACAAUAAGUUAUCAAUAAAAAAAAUCAAAGGCAUUGAAAGAUUAAUUAUCGAAUGCAAAUGUGGCCAUGAAAAAUCAUUUCCAAUAGGUCUAAACAAGGAUUAUAAAACCUUCUAUGAAAAGGAAGGUAAUUUAAUAGAGGUAUCACCACCAAAUACAAAUAUUCCAAAGCAUUAA